AUGAUGAUCGGGCUGCAGCCUGCCAUUGACUAUAGCCCAGCGCGCGGAAGUCACUUCUUGAUCACCCAUAUGGAGCGGCUGCUGGUUACCGUUCAGGCGAAAGCGUUGAACAUUCAAAUAGAGGGCCAAUACUGGCCCGGGAUCAACGCGGGCGCAGCGCUUGCAGAUGUCGCGGGCGGCAUUGAUAUCUACUUCCUGAACAACGACCGUUCCCUCCUGGAUGUAGGGAGCAAGAUCGCUGUCCGUGGCCUUUUCCAAGAGGUUCGACUGGAAGGCCAGACGCCAACUGGUCAGAAGCUCUACGAGGUGGUCAGAAAGUGCAUCCCUAAGCUCAAGGAGUAA